AUGGCUACAGAUGUGGUUAUUGAUACUACCAUGGGCUCCAUCACUGUUGAGCUCUACAAUGACCAUGCACCAAAGACAUGCAAAAACUUUUCCACCUUAGCACAACGAGGCUAUUACAAUAAUGUCAUCUUCCAUCGCAUUAUCCCCGACUUCAUGGUCCAGACCGGGGAUCCUACCGGCACAGGUCGCGGCGGAAGCUCCAUUUACGGCGAGAAAUUCGAGGACGAGAUCAAUCCAUCCUUGAAACAUACUGGUGCAGGUGUUUUGAGUAUGGCAAAUAGUGGACCGAAUACUAACGGGAGCCAGUUUUUCAUUACACUGGCGCCUACACCGUGGUUGGAUGGAAAGCAUACAAUAUUUGGCCGGGUGAAGAGCGGGAUGAGGGUAGUGCAACGAAUGGGACUUGUGAAAACCGAUGCGGAUGAUAGACCAGUGGAUCAGGUCAAAAUUUUGAAGGCGAGGGUCGUCGAAGAGACUGGUGAUGAGUGA